AUUACAGAAAUAUGACAUUGAAUAUACAACUUUUUAUAUUGUAUAAUUUUUACAAUGGUGGAGAAAAAAUGCAACAAAAAUAAUGCUAGUUACUAGAAAAAAUGAACAAUUUGAAAUUUGCUUUGUCCGUCUUGGCAAUACGCAGCGCAAUGUGAUAUUAAGCUUCAGUGGCCUUUACCUUUGAUUUGACAAAUUCUUUGACAACUUUUGUUUCUGACCUUGAAAAGGCUUGAAGUUUUCUUUGGAAAAACUCAGGAGGUUUCACGCUACCUCAGCAUGCUUGGUGUCAAGGUGUCUGCAGAUUUUAGCAGGAUACAUUCUGUCAUUACCUAAAAUCUCCUGGCAAACAACACAAAAGGUUUUGGUGCAUCAACUGAUCCUGUCCAUGUAAAUCCUAAACUUAAAUACUGCUCAUCUUGUAGUCGUCUUUUGGGUUUAACCCCUGAAACUUAAGUAUUUGAAUUUGGUGGUCUCGGAAACCGCUCCACUGUAAUUACAGACUUAUACGUCAUGUAUAUGUCAUUUAUUGGCAGGCUUGAUCAAUUCUUGAUAAAAAAAAUGUUUUUGCCUAUUAUUUUCAGAACUGUUUAAAUAAUUUUUUAAAUAUAAUAUAAUAGUUGAACUCAAUAUAUAUAUAUAUAUGUACUGCUGCUACUGGGUGUCGAUAAAGUAAUUUAAUCCAUACAAUAAAAGUAUUGCUUAACCCAUAUAUUUCCAAAAUCUUAAAAAGAUGGCCGCAACCAGAGUCUGAUCAUUCGCCACUGACCACAUAAUAUUGAUGAAGCAACUAAUGUUACCAGAAGAGCUGCAGCGCCAAAAAAACCCCACCUGAUCUGGAUUUAUAAGAGAUGUCAUAACUUUACUUAAUCAGUUAGCCAGAAUUUUUGACAAUAUUUUUUACGUCUAGCUGGAUCAGGGAAAUUGAACGGUAACUCAUACAUUCGCUUGGAUCAUUGUCCUUUUUAAGAAUCAGACUGAUCCGGGCUUGUGUCGUGUUUGACAGAAGCUCUCCAUUCUUUAAUGAUUUUGUAUAAACAUCUAACAAAUGUGGAGCCAGUUCUGUAGCAUAAUAUCUAAAAAAUUCAGCAGUAAAGCCAUCUGGCCCUGGCGCCUUGCCUGUAUUCAAAGCCUUAAUUACCUCGCCAACCUCCUCCAAGGUUAUCUCAGAAUCAAGAUAAUUUUGUUGCUCAUUCGUCAAUUUAGGGAGUUCUAAUGGUUCCACAAAGUUUCUAAUGUCUUCAUCAUGAAGACAUUAAACCAUAGAGAUCAAGAUAGAAAUCUUUAAAAGCAUUAUUAUUAUCAAUGGCUGAGGUAAAUAUUUCACCACCAGCAGAUUUCACUGAGGGAAUGGUAGAAAAAGACUCUCUCUGCUUUAUAUAUCUAGCCAAAAGCUUCCCUGCUUUGUUCUGAAUAGCCAAAACUCUGCCUUCCACAACAAAAUAGUAUUAUGUCUGUAUUUCAAUUGGGUCAAUUCUCUGAGGCCAUCAGACAAAAUUCAGCCCUUCAGCUCUGCCUUGGCUCUUUUAAUAUUCCCUUCCAACUCCACGAGUUCCUGUGCUUUGUAUUUUUUGAUGAACGAGGCAUACUGUAUGAUCCGACCCUUAAGAACCACCUUAAGUGCCUCCCAAGCCACGCCCACAGAAGAUACUGAGGUCCAGUUGGUCUCCAUAUAGACAUUGAUUGCAGCCUUUAGCAUUUGUUAGCAUUCAGGAUUUUACAAAAGGGAUACAUUAAAGUGGCAACUAUAUAACAUUCUUUUUCAAAGUAAUAACCUUCUUUCUUUUUAUGGGGUGCCCCAACACAUUCACAUUCCACGUGGAGAGACAAUCCACUCAUAUUAACAUUUGACAUUUGACAUAUUAGAAAAAUAGACUGUGUGACCAAAACAAAAUUAUGAAGACCAUGUUCCAACAUUACAGCAAAAAAAACAAACAAUGAACUUCCCCCAGAACAAAAAAAAAAGACAGAAAAAAUACAAAUGAUAUGCAUUAAACCUGCGCACGACAGCGCCAACCGGCGUCCAUCCCUUUAAACUCAAACAGUCCAUGUAUGCCUACGAGAGCCCCUCAACAAAUUUGCUGUCAGAUUGCUCAAGUCUCUCAAGUUUCUAUACAAAUUUUGUGAGACAGGAUUACACAACAGAAACUAAUCUGUAAAACAACUCAAAACAGCCAUUAUGAGGCAUAAGCAUCAAGAGCAUGUGCAGAGAGUGUAUAUUCAUCCACAUAACUGUCCCGAAGGUGUGUUCCUCCACAAAACAAACUCCAGCAUUCCCCGCAAUUAACAAAAAAACAGGCAGUUAUGAGAAGGAAGAGAACAGUCUUGCCCAAUCCCCCCCCCCCUCUUACUCUUUACUCCCUCAUAUACUUCACAUGCGGAGAAUGUGCUCCACUUCCAAAAUGCACAAGUCUGCUUGGGGCAAAGCAAGGAUGAGGAAGCUUGCUUUGAUCAAUCGUAAGCAUGAAAUGCGUGCAAGGGAUUUAAUAAUUCAGAGGAACAGAAGACUUCACUAACUUUGCACCGGAAACUGAAAGGUAUGGUGAAAUGACAGAGUUUUAGUGCAGUGCAGUGCUGUGGGGAAGUUUUUCAAAGAUUUGAACAAUGCCCUUUGCAAGAUGAUUUUAUUCACAAAUUAACCGCUUCUCAAGAUACAGAAUGUAAAAUCAGAUGCAUAUCUGGAGAAUAUAUGAGAUGCAUCAGCCAUGUGUUAGGUAUUAGAUAUAAAUUCACAAUAAUUUCUUUAAAAAAAUUUACUAACAGGUUAGAAACAAUAUAAAACAUGUAGAUGAGGGCAAUGUGUCUAGCAUGAAUUGCACAGGGUUAACAAUUCAUUAUCUUGCAUGUUUAAUAUUCUGUACUGGGACUCCAGAAGUCACUGUAUUUUGUUUUCUUGCCUUCCAUGUAAUCGUGGAUUGACAAUAAUCUUUCUUUGUCUUGAUCUUCAUAAACAGAAAUUACUAGCCUGGAGUUGUCUUGACAGGCACAGCAUUCUGAUCAAGAACAUGUGCUACAUUUGAAAAUAUGACAGGGUUUAUUUUCACCAGCUGUGAACAUAGUUUAGGGCUCAGUUUGUAAUGUUAAUCUUUAUAAAUGGAUUUUUAUGACAGAACAGAGCAGAUAUAAAUGAUGAGAAACUCGAUAUAUUCUACUGUAAGUUUAGGGAGAGAAACAUUCCUAAUGACAUUUCAUAUAUUUAAACUGUACUUGUUUAACAGAUUUUAAAUAUAUAGAAUAAUUUAUUUAGAUUUUAGAUUUAAAUCUACCCACUGUAAAUAACAAGCAUUAAACAGGCUAAAACAACCAAUAUUACCUUUUACUAAAAACUUUAAACUACCAACUAGUUCACCAGAGAAUUUGAUCUAAUUUUCGUUGUGAUAUUACGAAGUGUGAUUUUGAUAGUUUUUUUUAGGUGUCCGUGAGUUUUGUUGUGCAAUAUUGCACACAGUGCCUUAGCUUAAUGGAAAAAUUAUUAACAGAAAUGUUGGCACCUGAUUUUAGUUAUAGUGACUAUAUGGGGGAGUGGCAUUAUAACCCCCUCUCCUACAGCCUCAACAUCUGCAGCCGAUUUUCCAGUCAAUAAAAAAUCUUCAUGUGCCCCAAGCCUAUGUUAACAAUAACCAGAUGUACUGUGGAGUGCAGCCUACUGAGAUCUAUAAAACGCAUCUGCAUUGGGGCCAAACUGACCAAAGCUAUGUUUAUAUGUUUACACACUCACACAUGCUUAGUGGCAUGCUCCAUUUCUCUCUCUCUCUCUCUCUCUCUCUCUCUCUCUCUCUCUCUCUCUCUCUCACACACACACACUCUCACACACACACACACCCACCCACCCAUAAUCACAGAUUCUCUUUCUCACAUCUAAGGGAUUCUACAACAUCAGCAGUUAGUAUGCGGUGAGAUUUUGUUCUGUACUCUACAGCUCUAAUAACCUAAUAGAGAAUAUGUCUGUAGACCAACAUGGGACUAUCUCUUUAAAUAGGGUUGAAAUGAGAUAGUGUUUUUUGUCUCAGAGGACAAGAACAUUACAAACAUAAGGGAUACCAUAGUCACACUCUUUUGAAAACGUUUUCAUGUGUCUCAGCUCAUUUUAGGGCUAAGCAUUCAGGAGUUUCACAAUCUUGUAUAUUCCUAUUUUAGGGUGCAGGAUAUCAAGAAUUUUAAAUGAAGGUUUAAGAACUUCAAAACGUUCCUGUAAGUUCUGCAUAAUCAGCACCGACACCAUGGAAACAGACUCCGCCCAUAACCUGACCACACCCAAUGUGUCAUUUUUGCAUCAUAACAUCACAAACUCACAGUGUGACUACAUGUUGCCCUCGACCACCCAGUACCAGAAGAAAGUGAUACCCACCUUCUUCAGCCUCAUCUUCUUGCUGGGUUUCUUUGGUAACAUGCUUGUAGUGUGUGUUUUGUAUCACAGUUCAGGACGAAGGACCGUCGCUAACACGUAUCUGGUGAAUCUAGCGAUGUCAGACUUGCUCUUCCUGAGCUCUUUGCCUUUCUGGGCUGUGUACUACUCUUUGGAUUAUAACUGGAUUUUUGGGAAGGUUAUGUGUAAACUGUGUGGGGGUCUGCUGACAAUAAAUGUCUACGCUAGUAUAUUUUUCAUCACUUGUAUGAGCGUGGAUCGAUAUCACACUUUCAUCUACCCGCUACACUCCCGGAGCAGUAGAAGUGUGAGUCAGGCCAGGUGUGUUAGCUGCGUCAUUUGGGUCACGGCAGCUCUGACCACACUGCCCACAGUUGUUUUCCGUGACAUACACACUUUCCCUAUAAACAAUGUGACAGCUUGUGUCAUAUAUUACCCCAGUGAGCUCUGGCACACCGGGUUCACUCUUGCGAAGAACACCCUUGGAUUCUUCCUGCCGUUGGUUGUCAUAUCAACCUGCUACAGCCGAAUCGCUGUACACUUGAUGGCCACUUCCAACUACCUGGAGCAAGACUCUGCCCGGUUGGUCCACAUCUUGCGAAUGGUGGUCGCCGUGGUAUUGGCAUUUUUCUUUUGCUGGUUCCCUUUUCAUGUGCUGGCAUUCCUGGGAGCACUGGGAGAGCUGGGGGUGGAGUGGGAUUGUUGGGUGCUCCAAACAAUCAAUAAACUACUGCCAUUCUUCCUCUGCCUCGGCUUUUCCAACUCUGCCAUCAACCCUUUCCUGUACUGUUUUGUGGGAAACCACUUCCGAGAAAGGCUAUGGCAAAUUUAUAGAGAGAUUCCAUAAAAAGAGACACAGAAAAGAGAUUCUAUUAGUACAAGACUGUCUUCCUUCUCCCGGAAACUUAGUGACCUCAAAGAGACUAUGCCUAUGGAGAUUCUGGAGCAGCAAAGAGCCUCCUAGUGGAUAGGAGUUUAAAGUAUACUGUAAUUACAAACAGAAAUGUACAUUUUCAAUAAAAGUCAUUGCCCUAAAUGUUGUUCUAUAAUCAUUGUUUCAUUGGUGCAGCAUGAUCAGAGCAGAUGGAUCUCAUUUAGUUUCAGUUGUUGUUAUGAUUAUGGUAGAUUCGCUGUACCUCUAAAUGUUACAUUUGAGUCUUGUUAAUGGGAUAGUUCACCCCAAAAUGAAAAUGCUGUAAUUAUAUACUAGUCCUCAUGUUGUUCCAAACUUCCCACAACAUAUGAUGUUCUGUUUUCCUUGGAGCACAACAUGAGAUGUUAGGCAGAAUGACAGUCUCAGUCACCAUUUAAUUUAAUUGUAUGGAAGAUGGAGACUGUCAUUCUGGUUAACAUCUCCUUUUGUUUUCCACGGAGGACUGAAAGUCAUACAGAUUUGAAACAACAUAAGGGGUAAAUUAUGAUAACUUUCAUUAUUGGGUGAACUAUCCCUUUAAGUUAUGCUGUUUUGUUUUAUUUCAGAUUGUCAUUCAGCAGUAUGAUGACAAUCGACAUCAUUUUGUUACACAAUAAUAGGCAAAAUUUGCAGACACAUUUAGAUACAUAUCAUUCUUGGGUUGAUCACACUCUCUCCAGGGUGUGGAACUGUUGAUUUUCUUGCAGAAAUCGUGGAAAAUCAUAAUGUUUGAGUACAGCUGUACUGUUGUAAUGUCAGUGUAACUGAUGACAUUAGUGUUGCUAAUAUGAUCAGAAUGUCAUGUACCUGUAUGUAAAAUUAUUUAUAUUGCUGAUGUCUGCCCAAAAGACCCUAAUGCUGUCUUUAAGCUAUAUAUAGGAAGUUACAGCAAUGUAACAAAAAAUCAUUAUAAAUGGCAUUAUAAUUAUAAUGGAACCUAUGUGAUGUCAGUCUGUUUUAUUCUG